AUGGCAUACAAACCAAUCUUCGCUUCGGUCGUUCUCCUCAUCUUCAUCGCCGCCGUGGCAGUUUCACCGGCGUCCGCUGCUGGCGGCGGCUCCGACGAGCCGACGACGUGCGUGCCGACGCUGCAGCGCCUGCUGUCGUGCCUGGACUUCAUCGAGCACCGUAGCGACGCGAUCCCGCCGGCGUGCUGCGUCCAGGUGAAGGCCACGGUGGCCCAGCAGCCGUGCUGCCUCAUGCACGUCCUGCGCGGCGACGUCGCCAAGCUUCUCGGGCCGGACUUCGACGACACCCGCGCCAUGGUCAACGUCACCACCAAGUGCCUCUCCGACGCCUCCAUCCUCAUGUCCAUCACGCGUUCCUGCGCAGGCAAGCCGCUCCCGCCGUUGACGCUGGAAUAUCCGUUCACUGCCGCAUUGCCGCCACCGUCGUCGUCGUCGGGAGCUGCACGGCUACAAGGCUUGUCUUACAACGUAUUGCUACUUGCGCUUCUUGCAUGUUUCCUCUGA